UCAACCUCCUCCGGAACGAAUCCAUAAUCCCCACCUUCUUUACCCUUCUGCAAACAAACGCAAUCGCGAAGCAACGAACAUCGGAUCAGAAUUCAGCAAGAGAACAGAUAGGAAAUCGGCGUCCUCCAACUCCUCGUCGGCGAUGCAGAACGGGAACGGCGACAACAACCCCGCGGGUGGCCACUACUACCCCCAGCAGUACGCGCCGCCAACGCCGGGAUCGAACCCCCACCCGGCCGCCGAAGCCCCGAUCCCUGGGGGCUACGCCUCCGCGCCGCCCUACUCCGUCAACGGCUACCCCGAGCAGCCGCCAUCGGCGCCGUCCUACUCGCAGCCGCCUCAGUACGCCGGGUACCCGCCCUACAACCCCGCGCUCUACUCCGCGGAGCCCUCGCCGGCGCCGUACUACACCUACCCUCCUCCCCCCACCCAGCAGGCUCCCGCGGCGGAACCCAGCCCCCAGCCGCUUCCGUAUGACGCCCCGUACUACGGUGGCGGCUACCAGCAGCCUGCCCCCGCCGCUGGGUAUGGCGACGACGAUUACCUGAACGAGGGGGCGUAUGCCUAUACCGGCGACGGUGGCGCUGAGCCGUACGGCGCGCGCGGCACGGCGCCGACGCGAUCAGGAGACGCUAUGUUUGAUGACUACGGGCGGUCGAUUGGACUCUCAUCAGGAGGGGCGGAGCAGCCGAGGGGCGGGGGCGGCACUGUUGGUGGCAGCUUUGGGAAGAUCGCGAGGGCUGUUCCAAAAGCGGAAACCCAUGAGGAUGCUAGUGGUGGUGCGCAGAAGUUUCGGGUUAAGUUGCUGCCUGAGGGUGCCGGAAACCCUACUGAUGUGCUUUGUCAGAUUGGUCUAGAUGGAAUCCGCAUGCUUGACCCUAGCACAAGCAGGACUCUAAGGAUUUAUCCCCUUGACACACUGACCAAAUGGGAGGUUUUAGAUUCAACCGUGUUUGCGAUUUGGGCGAAGACUUCAGUGGAUUUUGAACCAAAGAGAAUAAGGUUGAAAUCUAACAGCUAUACUUCGAAUACUUUGCUUGAUACUGUGACAGCAGCAACAGUACAGUUUAAGGAGAUCGGUGAAGAUGCAAGAGCCAAUGGAACUUUGGAUGUUGGCAAAUCCUCGGUACAAUCAAAUGAGAAGAAAAAAGGAUUUGAUUGGAUGUUUGCGAAACCUGUUGAUGAAGUGAAAGAUCACUGGGUUCCAGAUGAGGCUGCUAAGAAAUGCCAGUCUUGUGCUGGUGAUUUCAGUCAUUUUAAUCGCAGGCAUCAUUGUAGGAACUGUGGUGAAAUCUUCUGUGACAAAUGCAGUCAAGGGAGGAUUGCUCUGACGACUGAUGAUAAUGCUCCACUUGUCCGAGUUUGUGAUAGAUGCAUGGCAGAGGUUUCUCAAAGGCUUAGCAUGGCACAGGAAGCUGCCCAGAGAUCUGCCACAGUGCAAAGUCAUGGAGAUCUUGCAAGAAAACUUAAGGAGGAAAUGGAGAGAAAUCGCAAGUCUUCAGGCUCGGCAUCUGGAGGUGCAUCUGGAACCAGAAUGCUGGAAGUUGCAUGUCCUACAUGCACGGUCCAUCUUCAGGUUGAGGUUCCAACCUCUGGCUCCGAAACAGUGGAAUGUGGAGUGUGCCAACAUGCUUUCCUUGUCAGCCCAAAUUGAUACACAGUGAAACAGAGCGUGUUGUAAAAAAUUAUUCUGUUGAUAACUCAAUUUGUUUCCCUGUUCUGUACCAAAAUAAGUGUGUUCAACUAGAUGUUUCUGUUGCUGUCUUGGUGAUCAUGAUAGGUUUUUUUUCUCUUGUACAUGUGUGAAUUCUAAACAUGAGAGAUCGUUGGUGACAAUGCUUGGUGUUUGCGGAGAAUACAAAGAUUUUUUUUUUGA